UGUGCGCCUCCCCCCUCCCGCUCCCCGCCCUGUGUCCUUCUCCCCAUCGCCCCCGGUCUCGCCCUUGGCCCCUCCUCCUCCCCGCUGGGCAUCCCGCUUCCAUCGCCUCUCCCGCAGGGCAUCGACACAUGCAGAUGGCCCCGCCGCAAGAGCGCAUCGCCGGCGCCACGCGCGCCAGGCUGCCGGACCAGCUGCGCGCCGCACGGCGUACGAUCCACCGCGGCCCGGCCGACGGCCCGGGCCCCAAGCGGCUGCGCCACGAAGCGGACCAGCAGCCCGCCGGCCCGGCUGGCACCAUGGCCGACUCGGUCCUCCUCCUUGUGGAGGCCGUCCAGUCGAUCGUAGACGGCUACUGCGCCAAGCUGGACCUCUUCGGCGUGGCGACAUACGCCCGGACCCAGCACUUCCAUCGGCAGCACGACGCCACCGUGGAGCUCAUCAGCAAUGUGUCGCUGCUUCUCGGGCGCCUGGCCGGCGUGGCCCCGGGGCUUUUGGAGCAGCUGGCCGAGGCGCCGGCCACCGAUUGGCCGGCCUUCCGGGGUCUGGCGCGGCAGCCGGAGGACACCCUCCCCCGGCCGGCCGGGGCCACCCUUUCCUCCGGGGCGCCGGCCCUGGCCAAGCGCCUGCGCUUGGACUUCGACAUCGGCUCGGCCGGGGCCUCGGUGUCCAGCAGCCUGGCGGCCCUGUUCGCCGACCCCCUGGCCCCGGAACGGCGCCUGGACGACUUGGUCGAUGCGCACAAGCGCAGCGCCACGCACGGCAACGCCACGGAAUUUACCCAGCCCUCGCCCGGCGAGGGGCAUGGGCCGGGCUCCCCGGGCGGCGGGUCGGCCAGCUCCUCCGGCAGCAUGGACUGCAGCCGGACAUGUGCGCGCGUGCGGCCGCCCCGGCGCGUGCGCAUCGGCACCAGCAUGCUGGCCGACCAUCCGCACCUGCAGACAUUGCUGUCGGCGGAGAAGGGGGCCGGGCCGGCCGGCCGGCCCGGGCCCGGGGCCCCGACCCUGGCCGCCGGCCCGGACGCCUCGGACCCGAACAGCGUGCUGGCCGCCCGGGCGGCCGGGGUGGUCGGGUCCACCGGCAUCGUGGAGCCAUGGGGCUCGCGGCUGCUGGCGGCCCCGCGCGCGGCCGGCAGCGCCGCGCUCCUGGCCCUGGCGCAGGGCCGCGGCACCCCGGGCGCGGACGCCGCCCCCACCAUCGGGCCCCUGCCGGAGUACAUCAUGCAGGCGCAGAUCACCGCGGCCGAGCGCCUGCGCCUGGUCGAGGAGCACCUCUUCCGCCUGCAAGCACGCAGCCCGCCGCUCAACCACUCGCUCUUCCAGCGGAUCAAGCGCUGCGAGGACCGCCUGGUGGACUUGGAACGCGUGUGCUACUCGCUGAUCAGCCACCAGCCGAUUGUCGUCGGCGACCGGCCGGCCACCGGGCCGGCGGGCCGGCGGCGUCCGGCAGCCGGCACACCGGCCCCCGGGCCGGGCUCCCCCUCGGCCGAAUGGCUCGACCGCGAGGAGGCCCUGAUUUUGCUGCAUCUUCUGACAUCGCUUCCAGCUGAGUAUGGCAUCACCGAUCUCGACCAUGCCACUGCGUCAGAUGCCGUGGCGGCUGCCCUGCGGGCACAGGCCUCACUCACCGAGGGCGAUCCUCCCGGGACCGCUGGCCACCCGGACAACGGUCAUGGCCGUCAUCAACAUCAUCAUCAUCAUCAUCAUCAUGAAGAAUAG